CGAGGUUGACUUGCUGCGAUUUUCAUUUCAGCUUUGCCAAGCCCUUUGCCUGCAUCGCCUGCGCGAUCCUUGCCAAGCCCUCUUCCCUCCAAGGUGAUCUCACAUUGGCCCCCCGAAUCCGCUCCUUACGCUCAGCGCCUCAUAAUCUCCACGCUUGUUCAACAGCCACUCUCAAACACCUUUUCGACUGAGUCGACUUUGUCGUUACUUUGCGUCCAAGGCAUUGCGUUCACAAUCACCAUCAUCGCCUUUUCUCACUACCCAUACCUUGUGCACUCUGCGUGCGAUAGCGGGGUCACCAGGCUCGAACACUACUUCACACCGUCAUCACUUUUCGGCAUUCGCUCACGACGCUGGCAACUAGGCCGCGUUGUUAGCAGUCAGGCCAUACUGUCAACAUGUCCAACCACCUCAGCCCAUCAGCCGCAUCGGAUCACAGCUCAACGUCGAAUCUGUACUACUCCUCAGCCACGUCGUCGUUCGGAGCUUCGCCUGCUUCUCAGUCCACGCACGCCACCACUAUGAGCUCUCGCUCAUCGACAGCGCACAGCGACAAUGAAGAUGGCCUGUCACCAAAGCGAGAGUCGAACGACGAAGAAUCUCGCGAUGUCUCCGUUGAGGACUCCAAGCCCACUCCGUGCCAAUGGGACGGUUGCGGAAAGCUUUACAGCGACCCAGAAGACUUGUAUCGCCACCUCUGCGAUGACCAUGUCGGUAGGAAGAGCACGAACAACCUGUGUCUGACUUGCAGAUGGACUGGCUGCGACGUCAGCUGCGCUAAGCGUGAUCACAUCACAAGCCACUUGAGAGUGCACACGCCUUUGAAGCCUCAUACCUGCGACAUCUGCUCAAAGACUUUCAAGCGGCCGCAAGAUCUGAAGAAGCACGAGCGCAUCCACACCGAAGCUCAUCAGCAAGCGCAGCAAGCUCGUCAGAAAGCAGCAAACGGCUACGGCAUCACCGAUCCUCACACGUACAACUCGUUCCACCUGGUUGCAGCCCAAGCUGCUCGGCCAGGGGCCAUGCACCAUGGCGUUCCGACCUUCGGGCAUCCAUUCAGUCGCUUCGGCCCAGGGUCGCAGCACGGCGCCUAUCCCAAUCUUCAUGCUGGCCACAGCCCGAUGAUCUCGCCCCACUCUCACCAGGCGUCGAACAACUACGCAUCCGCAUACUUUCCUCCCGGCGCUCAGUCCUUUGGUCAGCAUCAGAAUGGUGUCCAAGGCUACCAGAGCUUCGGUCAUCAUGCGGGAGGACCUCACAUGAAGCCUGGAUCCUACCUUCACUACGCUCAGGAGCGCCCGAAGCACACGGACGAUGUCAACAGCUAUCUUGGCCUCUCGCGAGGCUCCUUCAGUGGCCCAGCCGGUGCGGGACAAAAGCGCACAUGGGAUGAGAGCGUCGAAGCUACUCGAGGAUUUGUCGCCGACAUCUCCAGCAAGGCAAUGCGACCAGCCUACACGCCUGAUUUGGCACAGCGCCUUGACCAAGUGUUCCCAACUGGUAUCAACGACGCCAACUUGGCAGCGCUUCUCGGCUCCAUUGAUGCCGCCUCCGCUGCGCACUCGCAGUCCGCCUUCGACCACACUUCUCAAGCUCAGCAACAUCCACCACAGCCAGCCGCAGCUGGCGCGCCAAACCAUGCCGCUGCUUUACAGGCGCUGCUCUCACAGGCACAGUCUUCAGGCGGCAACGUCAGCUUGCCAGACUCGCUCAAGUCUGAGAACAUCGAAGAUCUGAACGCUUGGCUGUUGGCCCUUGGCGCCGACGCAGAACGAGACGCGAGUUCCAGCAACAACAGCAACUUUAGCAGCCAAGACUCCAGACUCUUCGAUGCUCAGACAUUGUCAAGCCUGGGUCUCACGGACAUUCCUGGCUUCGAUCCUUCCCUGCUAGAGUCUAGCAACUCGCAUUCUUCAUUCACGCACGGUGGCUCGGCUCAGCAAUGGUCUAGCGGCUCAGCAAAUCGCCCCAUUGCCUCACUUCCUCAUAGGCACGGUCAAGCAGCCCAUAACAGCCCUUCGUCCUCGGCACCAGGCUACGCGCACUCUUACGACCGCAUGCAACCUACUUUCGGCCAUUCUCUUGUUCCACAACUCGGGUCAAAGGACAGCGCAGCCGCGAACUACCGUCGCAUCGAGCCGCUUACUCGCGCAGCUCCUGUCAUGCCGGGCCACCGCGAGACUCUGUCAUCAGUGCGCGAUACCAAGGCAUCGACGGUUGAUUCUGACAUGACAGACAUCUCCAACCGACGCCGCUCGAUCAGCCCAUCAGUUUCGGAAGCUUCUGAAGCAUCUACAUCUACCACAAACCAGUCCCAUGGUCUAUAUCCUCGACUUGCCAGUGGUGAUCUCUCGCGCCAGCUGCCUGCUCCCCCUGGCAUGGAUCGCUCGCGACCGUCUAUGGCGAGCAUCAGCUCCAUCCUCUCCUCGUCGGACUCCCCAGCCGGCAAGAGAUCGUCGCCGUCGCUGCACAAUGUCCGCAGCAGAGGUAGCUCCCACGGCGCGAGCAGUGUCAGCAGCAGCAGCACUUCACCGUCACCGCCGCCCGCUCGUGACAGCCCCGAGCCGCUGUAUCCCCGACUCGAUGAUGCUCAAGCGGAGGUCAACAGCACCAUUGCUGACAGCGUCGCUGGACUCAAGGUCACCUCUGCCGGUGUUCCAGCCGUUGUGCGGGCUCACCACGUUCGACUCAUUCGCGACCUGCUCAUCGCCAUCAACUUCCCAGAGCGCGCCCAGGAGAUGGCUGCUGCUGCGCGCCAAGCCGCUGAGCAAGCGGAGAACACUCCUUCGCCGACUCUACCACCUAUUCGAUCCGCUCUUACGGCCACUUCCGUUGAAGAGGGCCAAUCGACACCCACCGGCAAGGGCGACUCUGACGAGAUGGACGAAGACAGAAGUUCUAUCGAGCCUCUGGACCGAGCUGGCACUCCGCGACAAGAUGACGAUGACCGUCGACUGCCAGCUAUCCGGGAACUGCUGCAAGGCAUUUCUGCCCGAGCGCCGCCUUCCGGGCCGGGUGGCAGACGACUGAUGGACAUUGACGUCUGAGUUGCUGUCGUCGCUGCCCCACUCCCGUCACCCAUGCAUACCCUCCGCCCCGCUUCAUCGUCCGUACUCUUUUUCCUCCUCUGCAUCUAUCUCUGCGCCAGACGCCCUUUCUCGCUCCUUCUCGAUAUUGCGUUGUUCCUUGACUCGCGUCCAGAGCCUCGGAAGAAUUUGACCUCGAUUUUGUACAUCACAUAUCUUACCCGCAAUGGAGUUGCCGUAAUCGAGAAGUCUCGAGAAG